GGAGAUUGCAACUGCGCAUAGCUGGCGUGGAAGCUUCUACGGGCUCGCUUCAACUUGUCUUGCUGGUAUUGGCAUUUCGAGUCAUGGUUAUAUCGAUAUAAUCAUCAUGCCUGAUAUUAGGAACUUCUUUGGUGGGAAGUCCAGCCAAGGCUCCAACAGCUCUCCUGCGAAGCCUGCGAAACCGCCUGCGAAGAAAGAGGAACCCGCUCCGAGGAAAAGACGCGGAAGGAAGGUUGUCGAUGAUAGUGAGGAUGAAGACGAAGUUGUAUCGAAAGCUCCAAGUCCCAAGCCCAAAACACCUAGCAAACCGAAACCGGAAGUCUCCCAGGGCAAACCAACGACCUCAUCGGACUACUUCGCCUCAAGCAAGAAAAGAGGACGGCCCUCUAAGAAUAGCUCUGCCGCACCGGCCAAAGAACCUCAACCAUCCCACGAUGACGGCGGCAAUGACAAAGCUGAGAAGUCCCCGGUGAAGAAACAAGUGGUGGUUGAAGAGUCUCCGAAGCGAAAGCCCCGUCAAUCCACAAGGAAGUCUGCGCCAAUACUAGAUGACGAUGAGCUCGGUGGGGACGAUAUUCACGCAGAGGAAUUCCGAAAGCCAGGGAAGGGCGAUGACGACUACGUGGAGGCCGAGAACGACGACAACGACAGCGACUUUGAAGAGCUUGCUGUAAGACCAGCUCAAGCGUCUUCGAACAAGCCAGCACGUAAGAAGCGAGCCACCGUUGAGGAAUCUGAUGACGACGUGGUUAUGGAAGACAUCGCGCCGUCUACCAAAGCAUCUAAAUCGGCAGCUUCACGGCCUGGACGGAAACGAAAAUCCGAAGUUCUGAACAAGGAUGAGGACAAAGAAACACCCAGUCCUAAGAAAAAGGCAGCUGCUCCUUCCAAAACAGCAUCGUCGACCCCCGCGGCCAAGAGAAAGAAGGCCUCACCCCCGAGCGACCGACCUGAGAGCAAGGAGAUCCAAGAUAUCUUCGAUAGCAUCCCCCAAGUCAAGCCCCCCUCGCCUCCGCCCCAAUCCGGGGAAAAGGCCAAAUUCAAUUUUGCCGCUCAAGCUCAACGACGGGAUCCGGUGGGAUCUGGGAAUACAGAGAUGCCCGUUGGUGCAGAAAAUUGUCUUGCAGGUCUUGCUUUCGUCUUCACCGGUGUCCUCGGCAACCUUGGCCGUGAUGAAGGGCAGGCACUGGUGAAAAAGUAUGGUGGCAAAGUCACUGGAGCUCCUAGUUCUAAAACAAGCUAUGUUGUCCUAGGAGACGACGCGGGGCCUAAGAAACUAAGCACGAUCAAGCAACAUAAUCUAAAGACAAUCAACGAAGAGGGACUAUUCGAGCUCAUCCGGCGGCUGCCAGCCAAUGGUGGAGAUGGCAAGGCAGCCGAGAAGUACGAGGCGAAGAAAAAGGUGGAGGACGAAAAAAUCCGUGCCUUGGCAGCUGAGAUGGAACAAGAAGAGAAGCGCAAGGCGAAGGCUGCUGCUGCUAAAUCCGACACCAAGGCUGAUGCUAAAGUUGACGAUUUGCUGUGGACUACCAAAUAUGCGCCAACGUCGAUGAACAUGAUUUGCGGCAACAAGGGCGUUGUAGAAAAACUGCAAGCCUGGCUACGGAAUUGGCGAAAAAACGCCAAAUCAAAUUUCGCGAAACCCGGAAAGGAUGGAUCCGGAACUUAUCGCUCUGUCAUGAUUCAUGGACCUCCUGGAAUUGGAAAGACCACUGCAGCUCAUUUGGUGGCGAAGAUUGAGGGUUUUGAUAUCGUCGAGACCAACGCCAGUGAUACGAGAAGUAAGAAGCUUGUUGAGUCUGGUCUUCACGGUGUUUUGGACACAACUUCUCUGCAGGGCUAUUUUUCAGGUGCUGGUCAUAAAGUAGAGAGCACCAAGAAGAACAUGGUGCUAAUCAUGGACGAGGUUGAUGGAAUGUCCGCUGGAGAUCGUGGUGGUGUGGGAGCACUGGCCUCCAUCGCUAAGAAAACCCAGAUCCCCCUUAUUCUCAUCUGUAACGAGCGAAGACUUCCGAAAAUGAAGCCCUUCGAUCAUGUCACGUUUGAGCUCCCUUUCCGACGCCCAACGGCCGAACAAAUCAGGGCCAGACUUUCGACCAUAUGUUUCAGAGAGGGCCUCAGAAUUCCUCCGCCUGUGCUUGACAGCCUGAUUGAGGGAACGAACGCCGAUAUUCGGCAGGUCAUCAACAUGCUUUCGACCGUGAAGCUAGAUCAAAAGAAUCUCGACUAUGAAAAGGGCCGUGAAAUGUCCAAGGCUUGGGAGAAACACGUUAUUCUGAAGCCCUGGGACAUUGUUUCAAAGAUUCUGAACGCGCAGAUGUUCUCGCCCAGUUCAAAGGCUACGUUGAAUGACAAGAUCGAACUUUAUUUCAACGACCACGAGUUUAGCUAUCUCAUGCUCCAAGAAAACUAUCUCAGAACUAGACCUACCUUGGGUGGCGGAUAUCAAGGCAAAGAGCAGAAGCUGAAGAUGCUCGAACUGGCAGACAAUGCAGCAUCAAGCAUCAGUGACGGCGACCUUGUUGACAAAAUGAUUCAUGGCUCACAACAACAAUGGAGCCUGAUGCCAACCCAUGCCGUCUUUAGCUUUGUCCGGCCUGCAAGCUUCAGCUAUGGUAACAUGAUGGAACGUCCUGGCUUUACUAGCUGGCUUGGUCAGAACAGCAAACAAGGGAAACUUUCGCGAUAUAUCAAAGAAAUCCAGGGACAUAUGCGUCUUCGUUCGUCUGCAGACCGUGACGAAAUUAGACAGCAAUACCUACCUCUCAUCUGGGAUAAAUUGGUUCGCCGUCUAAUGGUUGAGGGCAAGGAGAGUGUGGACGAUGUCAUCGAUUUUAUGGACGAGUACUUCCUUACCCGCGAGGAUUGGGAUGCCCUUGUCGAGCUUGGGCUUGGUCCCAUGGAUGAGUCAAACGUCAAGUUGGAAACACAAACCAAGGCUACAUUCACACGACUCUACAACCAGCGUUCGCACCCGCUUCCUUUCAUCAAGGCCAGCAAUGUUGUUGCUCCGAAGAAGCAGCCGAAGGAGAAGCCCGACAUCGAAGAUGCCAUCGAAGAGUCCGAUGAAGAAGAGGUGUUGGAGGAUGAGACUAAAGACGAUGACGAAAGCGAGGAACUCGACUUGAAAAAAGACAAGUAUGUCCGGGUGCCCAAGAAAACAGCCAGCAAGGGCAAGGGGAAGAAGGCCAAGAAGGCCACCGAUGACUCUAUCGACGAUGAUGAAAAACCGAAGAAGGGCAAAGGCCGAAAACCCAAGGCCAAGGCCACCUGAAGUUGUCUUCGGGUAACCUCCGACUCAUCCCGGUUGUUGGCGUUGCAUUGUAAUUUUCAUUCAUGUACUCUUAAUGGCAGCGCACGAUGUGAUCAGAAAUGAUUGGUUCAAAU